AUGGCUGCUGCUCAAGGUUACCCUCUCCUCUGUCUGGAGAACCCUCUCCUCGACAUUCAGGCUCGUGGUGAUGCUGCUCUCCUCGAGAAGUAUGGCCUGAAGGAGAACGAUGCCAUUCUCGCUGAGGAACAGCACAUGGGUAUCUACGAGGACCUGCUCGCCCGGGACGCCAAGCUGAUCCCCGGUGGUGCCGCCCAGAACACCGCUCGUGGUGCCCAGUACAUGCUCCCUGAGCAGUCCGUUGUCUACAUCGGCUGCAUCGGCAAGGACAAGUUCGGUGACAUCCUCAAGAAGACCUGCGAGGAGGCUGGUGUCCACACUGAGUACCGUGUUGAUGAGUCUCAGCCCACCGGCAAGUGCGGUGUUGUCAUCACUGGCCACAACCGCAGUAUGUGCACCCACCUCGCUGCUGCCAACGAGUAUAAGAUCGAGCACCUGAAGCAGCCCGAGAUCUGGUCUCUGGUUGAGAAGGCCAAGUUCUACUAUGUCGGUGGCUACCACCUGACUGUCUGUGUGCCCGCCAUCAUCGCUCUUGGUGAGGAAGCCGCUGCUAAGAACAAGCCUUUCAUGCUGUCUCUCUCCGCCCCCUUCAUCCCCCAGUUCUUCAAGGAGCAGCUCGACAGCGUCCUGCCCUACACUGACUACACCUUCUGUAACGAGACUGAGGCUCUCGCCUACUCCGAGAGCCACCAGUGGGGCACCGAGGAUAUUGUUGAGAUCGCCAAGAAGCUCGCUCAGCUCCCCAAGCAGAACACCCAACGUCCCCGCGUUGCCAUUGUCACCCAGGGCACUGAGCCCACCAUCGUUGCCAUUGGCUCUCCUGCCGGUCUCAUUGAGGUCAAGGAGUUCAAGGUGCACGAGAUCUCCAAGGACGCUAUCAACGACACCAACGGUGCUGGUGAUGCCUUCGCAGGUGGUUUCUGCGCUGGUAUCGUCGGAGGCAAGAGCCUCGACGACUCCGUUGACAUGGGCCAGUGGCUCGCUAGCAAGAGCAUCCAGGAGCUUGGACCUUCCUUCCCCUUCCCCAAGCAGACCUACUCUCGCUCCUAA